AAUAUCAGCACUUGCACCAUGCGCGUGCUGGUUGGCGCGAGCAUGGGAGCGCUGGCCGUGUUGGGCCAUCCUGCGUUCGUCGAUAUCGGCGUUGCGACUGCCAAGGCCAAGGCAAUGGCGUCGAGCAUGACGAUCGCCGACCUCCUCGGCCAAAUGAAUCAAAUCGAAGUCGGCGCGUUCACGUACGACGAUUGGGACAACGACGGCCAAAAAACCAUCAACUCGUCGCUUGUCGAAGACUACGCCAAGCACAACGUCGGCGCGUACCUCAACUUGGUGCCGAAUCUCGCCGAGUGGGGCCGGCCGCUGUGGAAUGCGUCGCAGUAUCGCGCGCUCGUCGCGACGCUGCAAGAUGCACACGUGAACCGCAGCAGCACGAGAAUCCCCAUUUUGUACGGAUUUGACUCGACCCACGGCGCCAACUACAUUGCGAACGCAACCUUGUUUCCACAGCCCAUCAACACUGGCGCCACGUUCAACGUCGAGCUGGCUGGCGCCGUCGGCAUGUACACUGGCCGCGACACCCUCGCCGGUGGGAUGCCGUGGGUGUACAGCCCAAUGCUGGAGGUCAUUCGUCACAAACACUGGCCGCGCAUGUACGAGAGCUACAACGAGGACAUUGUCGCGGUGUCCGAGCUAGGCCGCGCCUACAUCGCCGGGAUGCAAAGCCAGGGCGUGGCUGCAUGCUUCAAGCACUUCAUCGGAUAUUCCGACCCGACGGACGGCAACGAUCGCACGGAUGUGGUGCUGUCGAAGCACCAAGUGCUCAACUAUUUUGUGCCGCCAUUCAAAGCUGCGAUCGAAGCAGGCGUGCUGUCUGGGAUGGGCACGUACGUCGGCUUGAACGGCGUCCCCAUGGCGGCCAACAACGUCACGUCCAACUUGCUGCUCCGCCGAGACUUGAACUUCUCGGGACUUAUGGUCACCGACUGGGGCGAGAUGUAUCUGCUGCACGAUCCUCGCAAACUCGUCCCGUCGGAACUCGAAGCGACUGCGGUUGGAAUGAACCGAACGACGUACGACAUGGUGAUGACUCCUCACGACAUGAGCUUCAUCAAGUAUGGCCGCCAACUUGUCAGCACCGGUCGGUUGGCCCGAGCACGGCUCGAGCAGGCGGUGAGUCGAAUUUUGACGCUCAAGUUUGUCCUCAACUUGUUUGAGAACCCGCUUCCAGGCGCCGACCUCGUCGACUUGGUUGGCGACAACGCCAGUCGCGCCGCUGCCAUCGUCGUGGCGCAGGAAUCCAUUGUCCUUCUCAAGAACGACGAUCACGUGCUGCCGUUGGGACGCCCACCGACUACAACGACCACCAACCACACAAUGAGUCUAUUUCUUACAGGGCCGUCGAUCGACAACAUUGGGCUCCAAUGCGGUGGCUGGUCCCUCGCGUGGCAAGGCAUCGACGGCAAUGCCGCGUUUCCGCAUGGCCAGUCCAUCCGCCACGCCAUCAACGCGACCGUGCGUGCUUGGAAUUUGACCGCGGCUUCGACAGACACCAUCGCUGCCAACGAGAACGGCAUCCCCCGACUCGACCACGUCAACGUGACGUUCCUGCAAGCCAUGGACAUUUACGGCAACUUCACCUCGAACGAAUCGCUCCAGGAAGCCAUCGCGUUGGCCAGCACGGCCACACAUACGAUAGUCGCGCUGGGCGAAAGGAAUUACGCCGAACAGUUUGGCAACAGCGACCCGCAGGCCCUGCCGCCUGCCUUCGUGACGUACGUCAAGGCGUUGGCUACCACCAAGACGCGCAUCAUCCUCGUGGUGGUUGCGGGCCGUCCGCGCAUUUUAAACGGCCUGGCAGAACUUUGCCAUGCUGUCCUUUGGGCAGGCUUGCCGUGCGAAGCCGGCGGCCAAGCGAUUGCCGACGUCCUCUUCGGCCGCGUCAACCCUAGUGCCAAGCUCCCUUUCACGUACCCCAAGACGGAUGGCCACGUCAACUUGGCGACGCCGUACUAUUAUCGAUCCAACGAUGUCGGUAGCACCGCGUGUGUCCGGGGCGGGAAAGAGUUUUCGACCGACUGCGCGACGGAAUACCCGUUUGGCGCCGGGCUGAGCUACACCACGUUCGACUACACCAACAUGCAAGUGACGCCGACGACGCUGACGUCGGACGCGGCGGCCGUCGUCGUCACGGCAUCUGUGGUCGUGACAAAUACGGGGCGGGUCGCGGGGAAGGAGGUCGUGAUGCUGUUUGUGUCGCCGCCGCCGUCGCUGCACAAUGAAACGGAAACGCGACUGCUGAAAAGGUUUGCCAAGAUUUGGCUCGCCCCCGGCGAGUCAACGGUCGUCCGCUUUGACAUCACCCCGUCGGAUUGGGGUUUCUACCACAACGAGUUUGGCACGGGGCUGCGGAAAACCGCUCCGUCCGGGUCGUACGUCGUGCAUUUCAAACCCACGACCAACUGCGCCGAUCCGUCCACGUCGCUGUGUCAAACAGUUCGAUGGGAGAACCGGUCCGGUGCCGCCGCGGCUUGGAACGCCUGGCACUGGGUCGUUGCCGUCCUGGCGUGGGUUGCGGCGCUGUAGUUGAUCACGUUGGUAGAACGAAACGUAUUGCUGCUCCUCGUCGUCGUACACCCGGAAUAGAGCAGGCGAUGCCGAGUCGACUCCCCCCCUCCUCCUCCGACCAUGGUAAACCGCCGCGGGUUGCCACGACCAGCACACAUCGCACCGACAGGGCACCACGGCAAC